AUGGGAAGCGCCUCGGUCACUCCUGCUGAGGGCCCUCGCCGACGCCUGGGUUUACCCGCCGCCAAGCCAGCUCCGCUCGUUUCCCGUCCCCCGCGGCCCGGCGCGGGGCAGGCCUGCCGGGGCCGUGGAGGACGAGGUGGUCCGCACUGCCAAGAAGAUAGACAGGAUGGUGCAGAAGAAGAACGCGACUGGUGUUUCAUCUUGACAAGUUCUCUGUCAGUCCGUAGGAAAGCUGUCUGGCUUGGAGGUUGCAAUCCCAGGGAAUUUUUCAUCAGCGGGGAAGUCUCCAUCACUACAGAGGAAUCAAGGGAGAAGUCAGUCCCUGAGUGGUGUUUCAUCUUGACAAGCUCUCUGUCAUUCCAUAGGAAAGCUGUCUGGCUUGGAGGUUGCAAUCCCAGGGAAUUUUUCAUCACCAGGGAAGUCUCCAUCACUACAGAGGGAUCAAGGGAGAAGUCAGUCCCUGACAGACUUCUUGGUGUCCACUGUACCCAUGGUUUCAACAGGACUGGCUACCUCAUGUGCAGAUAUUUGAUUGAUGUAGAAGGCAUGUGGCCAGAUGAUGCAAUUGAAUACUGGUGUUUUAUCUUUACAAGUUCUCCGUCAUUCCAUAAGAAAGCUGCUCGUCUUCUGGUUUCAUAAGAGAUGGUGAACAGUGGUAAAAUAUCCAGUUGACCCGAAAUUUCUAGAGUACACUUAAUCGGGAGCGAAUGAUGGGGUGGAAUGUUGGGGCAGAGUGAGAGAUACAGAUUCUGGUGAGACUGAGAGUCAUGCACAAAAAUUACUGGGCUGUGGUGAAGGGAGAACAAAACUAAAUCAGGUUCCUGCUGGUGGACAGGAAGCCAAAAUGAAGAAGAAUGGUGCAUAGCUGGGCAGUGUAAUUAGGCCCCUAAGUGCUGUGUCUUCUGAUAGUAAUUAUGAACAGAAACCAAAUAAUAGUUACUAAUAACAUGGAGGUGACCAAUCCUUGAGAGCUGAGGCAGAGAGAAGGAAAGAUGGCAUUAUGCCUUGUCUCUGGUUCCUUGAGUUUCCCAGGCUGGUUGUGACCAAUCUUGGGUGAAAUCAUAACUAAGUCAUUUCUGCUAAGGGGAUCAGCUUUCGUGGGGUCCUUUCUCUGCACUCUGUCCAAUGAUAAAGCCCACUGGUUUAUGCCUCCUGGAAAACAGGUAUUCCAAAGCAGUAUAAGUGAAGAAGCAUUGAUGAAACAGCCAUGAAGAACAUGUUUCCACAUGGCCUCGCACCACCUUUUCAAAGUGCUGUAAAACUUUUUUCAUCCAAAAAUCAGUAACAGAAAAGGAUUGGGAUCAAAUCCCGUACAGAGGUAGUGUAAGAAAAAAGAGAAUAAGGAGCAGAAUAGCAUCUCUUCAGACAAUAAAAUCAAGUUGGAAAAGACAGGUCCACAAAACAGAUCAAAACUGUAACCUAUUAUUUCAAAGUGGGCUAAAAGAUGUUAGGAAAAACAGUGCGAAAGAUGAAAGAACAUGGAUCGAGGAGGGAAUGGGAAGUUAUUGUUUAGUGGCUAUAGAGUCUCUGUUUGGGAUGGUGAAAAAGUUCUGGAAAUGGUAAAUGCUGAUAAAUGCCACCUAUGGGUGUUUGGUUUUAGUUGAUCUUCUUCCAUGAAAGGGUUUGGAGAGAUUCAGAAACUAUGCUGCUGCCUCCAUCUUUCUGAUGUCCUGCUCAAUCUUUUGACAUAAUUAUUUUGAAUUUGCACAGUGGUGAUGGUUGCACAGCAUUGUGAAUGUAUUUAAUGUCACUGAAUUGUAUACUUGAAAAUGGUUGAAAUAAUAAAUUUUGUUUUAUGUAUAUUUUACCAUAAUAAAAAAAAGAUGAAAGAACAGCAUAAACCAGAAUUAGGUAAGAUGAUAGAACUCAAGACAGAAUUCAAAAUAAAAGAAAAAAGUUUCAGAAAUGAGGACUAAAUUUAAAAUAAUACAAGAGUGGGGACUUCCCUGGUUGUCCAGUGGUUAAGAAUCCACCUUGCAAUGCAGGGGAUGCAGGUUCGGUCCCUGGUUGGGGAACUGAGAUCCCACAUGCUGCAGGGCAACUAAGCCCGCACGCCGCAACUACUGAGCCCACGUGCUCUGGAGCCCACGCGCCACAACUGGAGAGCCCACGAGCCGCAAGGAAGAGCACGCACUGCAACAAAGAGCCCACGUGCUGCAACUAAUACCCGACACCUCCAAAAAUAAAUGUUAAUUAAUUAAAUAAAUUAAAUAAAAUAAUACGAGUGAAUGAACAUAAUGGAUAAUGCCUUAAGAGAAACAAACAAGAAGAGGAAAAAAAUUUUUUUAAUCAAAAAGACGAUAAAAAGAAUUUUAGAGAAAUGGCAAACAUAAAAGAUAGGCAAAAAAGAGUCAGGACAGCUCUGAAAAGAGAAAUAGAAAUACGUAUAAGGGGCUUUCCUGGUGGUGCAGUGGUUAAAAAUCCUCCUGCCGGGCUUCCCUGGUGGCGCAGUGGUUGAGAAUCUGCCUGCCAAUGCAGAGGACACGGGUUCGAGCCCUGGUCUGGGAAGAUCCCACAUGCCGUGGAGCAGCUGGGCCCGUGAGCCAAGAUUACUGAGCCUGCGCGUCUGGAGCCUGUGCUCCGCUACAAGAGAGGCCGCGAUAGUGAGAGGCCCGCGCACCGUGAUGAAGAGUGGCCCCCACUUGCCACAACUAGAGAAAGCUCUCGGACAGAAACGAAGACCCAACACAGCCAUAAAUAAAAUAAAUAAAAAUAAACAUAGACUAAUCAUUAAAAAAAAAAAAAAAAAAAAAGAGGCCCGUGGAGGUCGUGGGAAUUUGAGCUCUCAUUUGAAAAAAAAAAAAAAAAAAAGAAUCCUCCUGCGAAUGCAGGGGAUAUGGGUUCGAUCCCUGGCCCAGGAAGAUCCCACAUGCCGUGGAGAAGCUAAGCCCGUGAGAUACAACUAGUGAAGCCCACGCGCCUAGAGCCCGUGCUCGGCAACACGAGGAGCCACCGCAAUGAGAAGCCCGCUUGCCGCAACUAGAGAAAGCCUGUGCACAGCAACAAAGACCCAAAGCAGCCAAAAAUAAAUAAAUAAAUACAUUA